UCCCCCACCUCCCUCCAUAAAGGACCCCACGCGCGGCCCCCACGGCACACGGCCAAUCCGGAAGCACUUCUACUUCUCCUCCGUUCUCACGCAGCUCGGGCAAACUCGUUUGCUUGGCGCCUCGUGCACUCGUGCUCGUCCUCGCGUGCUGAUCCGUCCUUGCUUCGAUCCUCUCUCUUUCCCUCUCUUUCCCUCGUGAGCUCGCGGGCGGCGGCGUCGGGAUGGCCGUCGGCGGAGGCGUGCGCGUGGCGUCGUCGGUGGAGGUGUGGGGACGGGGGCUGAGCAGCGGCGGCGGCGGCAGCAGGGCGGGGAGGCGCGGCGCCGCGGCGGCGACCGUCAGGUGCAGCUGCGUGGGCGAGGCGGGGCCGGCCUCAGGGGGCCUGGCGGAGGAGCACUACCGGACGCUGCGGCUGCGCCCGGGGGCUACAAGGGGCGAGGUCAAGAAGGCCUUCCGCCGCCUCGCGCUCAUGUACCACCCGGACGUCCGCAAGGAGAGCGACGGCGACGGCGGCGUCCAGUUCCAGAGGAUCAACGUGGCCUAUCAGAUGCUGAUGAGCAACAUGAGGGAGGCCGAGGAGCGGCUCGAGUACUGGCGCCUCAAGUACGGCCUCAACGACCAGGAUCUCGACAGGUACAGGUACUACCUCAACGAGGACGACGACGACUGGCUCGACAUGUGAAGAAGCUGAAGCAACCAGUCGAUAGGCGGAGGAUUUACACAGCUCGCCUAUCGACAUUGUUCAUCUUAGCACCGGUUGAUUCUUCUUGUUGCCAUGGCAGAGGCAGCAGCACUGUGAUCUCAUCUGCUUGUGUAUACUGAAGCACUGUGUACUCCUCCCCUAUUUUAUUGUGGGUGAAAGGAUACAUACUGCAUGCAGACAGAUUAAAGUGUACUGACAUUCGUGUAUCAGAACGAUCUCUUCUAGCUUUUCAAAGAAAAAAUGAUCUGUUGUUUAUAUACCAA